AUGCAAGUGGCUGAGACGACGAGACCAUUCUCUUCCAACGAGAUUACAACAACAAAUGAACGAUCGACUACGACUGGGAUGACGCAGGUUGUGUCCGAAGAAAAGUACAAUCUCUUGAAACGACAGCUUCGCGAAAUUACCGAGCGAAACGAGCUUUUGGUCAACGACCUGAGUCGAGCCAAGAAGCGGUUGAGACGUCUUGCCAAAGAGAAAAACAUUCUACUGGAUAAGCUCUGUCAGUAUGACACUCACGCCCGAUUCACGCACAAGAAAAUAUCCCAUUCAAUUGCACCCACAAGUACCGCAGCAUCUACUGCUGUUGCCAUGGAGAUUGAUGAUAUGGAAACCAAUGUCGCUGACAAUGGGAUAAUGAUGGAUAAAGUUACCUCCUCCCCACCGCCACAACUUGCACAUCCCCCUACUCCUUGGCAGCCACCUCCUGCAGCACAAUCACACGUAUCAACUACUACCCAUCUAACUCAACCACCACUACCACCACCGCAACCACAACAACAACCAUCGUCAUUAUUAUCAUCAUCAUCAUCGCCACCAUCCACUAUUACUACUACAACAACAACAACCAAUCGUAUUGAUUCUUCACCUCCCCCACCUCAAUCAUUGCCACAACCACAACAACCACCACCAACGCAAUCAAUGCAUUCUAUCAGCUCCAUUCUUUCGCCACAACCUACUUCAUCUUCUCCACCACGUUCUAUUUCCGAUCCAAGCACAGCUUCCUCUUCAUCCUCUCAAGGUAGUACAAGCCCUGCAGGUGUCACUGCUACUACUACUGCUACAGGUACCACUGCUGGCAUUCCAUCAGCAACAAUGCAAUCAGGUAUGGGAGGUCCCAAGGUGGAAAUCAUGUAUCAAGAUGGUCGUAUGGUGCCUUCAUCUCGCCCAAAGAGAAUGCGACGUGGUCCUGUUGAACCAAAAAUGCGACGUGUGCAACCCCUAGAAAAGGAUCCUGUCUCAGGGGAAUACAAGCUGCCUGCCCGUGUCGGUAUUCUUACAGUGCAUUCACUGGGUCGUGUUGUUCCUUUGCCUACUUAUCACAAUGAUCGUUACAUUUGGCCCCCUGGUUUCAAAGUAAGCAGAACCUAUCUCAGCAUGGUGGAUCCCAGUGCCAAUACCGUGUAUACAUGCUCUGUGGAAGAGAAUGGUGAACAAGGACCAAGAUUUCGAGUGGUGGCAGACGAUUGCCCUGAUCAGCCUAUCAUUGCCAACUCAGCUACUGGUGUAUGGACUGCCAUUGUCAAGCGAGCCAACGAGAUCCGUAACAGGGAACAUUCCAACUCUGCUUCUGGACCUGAUUAUUAUGGCUUCACACACGCUACGAUUGCGAAAAUGAUUCAAGAUCUUCCAGGCACUGAGAAUUGCAUCAACUAUGUGUGGCAACAAUUUGGCGAAAUGCAUCAACGUACAGCAGCAGGUGUUGCAGCUGCAGCUGAGAAGAAAAAGAUCAAUCUGCAAAUGAUGGGAAGUGCCAAUAAGCGUGCUCCUCCAUCAGCAGCAGCGAGUGGUGAUGGGUCAAGUAGCAAUGGCUCUUCAAGUCCACCUGGUCCAGAUACCGUUGCCAACCAUGCCUCGUUACCUUCUCUUGCCGAAUCAACUCCCAUGGAUACUGCAUCAACCACUACUUCUACUCCUACGACUACCACUACUUCUUCUUCUACAGCACUCUCUGUUGAUAUGCUCACCACACCUACACCGGUGGAUCAUCGUCAUCACCAUCAUCACCACCAUGCGACCACCCCUGAACCACCUGUCGCCAAUGUACAAGCUUUGGAACCUGUACCUGAAAACCAUGCUUAG